CCGUAAAUGCCUCUCUACAUCGAGCUGGCAAUGGGGGAAAAACGCGUGGCCUGGUGGCAGGGUCCCGAUAUAAAACUCGAGGCUGCCAGUCUGCAGCACCCAUCCUCUGCAACCCUCCCAAGCGUCAGACAGCGUCUUACCAAAUCCGAGACUAACCAUGUCGUGCCCACGCAUUCUUGGCCUCCUGGUCCUUGCCCUCUCCGGCACUGUCCUGGGCCAGAUCGUCGACGGCGGCAAGUAUGAUGUCCCGACGGCCGGACCGCCUGCCAGCUUCUUCGCCGCGGCAACGACGCUGCCCGUCGCCACACUGCAAACUGCGGCUGCCCGGGCGAGCAUCGUGCCCCCCAAGGCUGUCUACCCCGUGAGUCGCGAGAGCGGCGCCCCCCUGUCGACCAUCCACAGUGACUGGGUCCGAUUCAACCAGGGUGCCGCGCUCAGCUGGGUGGCGGACAUGGACGUCGACUGCGAUGGCAAAGACUGGAAGUGCACCGUAAGGGAGAGCUUUGCAACGGAAUCGCAGCCCCCACUGACCGGCCAGGCAAACGGCGAUGGCCAGCCGCAGACCAACUGGGGCGCGUUGGCCGCCUACGAGGUGCCCUGGAUCGUCAUCCCCGACCAGUUCCUCGUGGCCAACACCAAUCUCCUCCCGGGCAACAACGUGGCGGCCGUGAUAUGCAACGGCAAGAUGUUCUACGGCAUCCUGGGGGACUCGAACGGCGACAACCCCCAGAUCACGGGCGAGGCCUCGUGGGUGAUGGCCCGGACCUGCUUCCCCGAUGAGGGCCUCAGCGGCGGCAAGGGACACACGGCCGCCGACGUCACCUACAUCGUCUUCACCGGCAACAAUGCCGUGCUGCCCCCCAGCGCCCUGAACCGGAACUACCUCACCAACUUCGGCACCCUGCGCGCCAUGGGCGACAAGCUGGUGGGGGAUCUUGUAUCCAACCUGAAGCUGUCCCCACGGAACUCGACCCCGACCACCCUGGUGUCCCGCGCCACUCCCACCGAGGGUAUGUCGACUUAGUCCCGGGUGUUUAUCGCCGAUUCCACAGAGGUACCUUGCUCACUGACGACUGCAUUCGGCCUGCGACCAUGGAGUUGCAGCUGGCCGUUGACGAUUG